AUGCUCGGCGGACUGGGUCAGCUUGCCCGCCCAGACGCCGUCUCCUCACUCCGGUUCCUCUCCGAGUUUGUCACCCCUCCCUCCAACUCCUCCGCUGCAUCCAUCGUCAAUCCCUCCUCCUCCAAAGAUACUAAAAUCACCGGCACUACUACAGGAUCAACGACGACAAAGCGCCAAAAGCUGCCUCUACCAGGCGCGGGUCCCUCGCGCGUACUGGACUGUGGCGCAGGAAUUGGGCGUGUGACGAAGCAGGUGCUGAUCAAAGCCUUUGACCAUGUGGACUUGGUCGAGAACUCUGCCAUCUUUGUCAAGCAGGCUCAGGAAGAGUACUUAAAGGCUGAGAUCGAGAGUGGCAAAGUCUGUGAGGUCCGGUGCUCGGGUCUUCAGAAUGUCGAGUUCGAGGGGACUGAGUGGGAGGGGCGGUUUGAUGUUAUAUGGUGCCAGUGGGUCCUUGGCCACUUAACUGAAGACCACCUGAUAAUGUUCUUCAACAGGUGUAAGAAGGGCCUGAAGCCCGGCGGGAUGAUCUUUGUCAAGGAGAACAAUGCCAAGAUUGGGAUUGUGAUUGACGAGGAAGAUAGCAGUAUGACACGAUCGGAUACUGUCUGGAAGGAGAUGUUUGUCAAGUCUGGCCUCAAGCUCUUGAGAGAGGAGGUUCAGAAGGGGUUUCCAUCGGGGUUGUUUACAGUCAAGAUGUAUGCUCUCGAGCCCAUUCCCUGA